CAAAACCGUUAAACAACGUCACGUAUCAAGAUCAUGGAUGACGCAGAGCUAGAACAGUUACGAAAAGCUCGUCUAGAGCAACUGAAGGCUGAGGCUGGUGGCAGUGGAGGCGGUUCUUCUGGUCAGGAACAACAGCAGCAGCGCCAACAACAGCAAAAUGAAGCUCGCCAACACAUCCUCAACCAGAUCCUCCAUCCCGAAGCCGCCGACCGUCUAGGCCGUAUCCGACUUGUGAAGGAGGAGCGCGCCGCCGACAUUGAGAACCGACUUAUCACGCUUGCGCAGACAGGGCAGCUACGACAGAAGGUCACUGAAGAGCAACUCAAGGAGCUUCUCAAUGCUAUGUCGGAGAGCAAGGAGGAAGAGAAGAUUGUUGUGAGCAGACGCAAGGCGUGGGAUGAUGAUGACGAUUUGGACCUGUGAGAGGUGCUUGUGAUACCAUGGAAUUGAAGAUCAGAGCGAGGAAAUAAGGCAAAUUCGUAGGCGGGACCUGCUUUUCUGUCUCGAGUGAAAGGAAACAAAAUGAAUGUGAUGGCUCGGUGCAGAACCUGGGAAAUUUUCCUCAGAUUGCUGAGGACGCCGAUCGGGGUUUCAACCUGUAUGGUUUGAUGAUGUGCAUGAUUCAAUUUACUUCACAGUCGGAUUCUGGAACAAUAACUUUGGCCUCAAUAACAACGCUAA